CUCUAGCCGCCCAAGCGUAUGCACUAAAGGAAGAGAACGAUAGUCUUCGAUGGCAGCUGGACGCUUAUAGGAAUGAAGUGGAGCUCCUGAAACAGGAGAAGGGACAGCUCUUUCGAACGGAAGAAAGCCUGACGAAGGACCAGCAGCUGCAGUUCCUGCAGCAGACAAUGCAAGGCAUGCAGCAGCAAUUGCUGAGCAUACAGGAAGAAUUAAAUAACAAAAAAUCCGAACUGGAGCAAGCCAAGGAAGAGCAAACACAUACACAAGCGAUGCUUAAAGUCCUGCAGGAACAGUUAAAAAGCGCCAAGGAAUUAGCAGAAAUCAAUGGGCAUGACGAAUCUCAGGCAAAUGAAAUCAACGUAUUGACAGUAGCAUUGGUCAACCAAGACAGAGAAAAAAAUUCAGAAAAACGAAGCCCAGGUCUAAAAUCAGAGAAAGAGGCACUAUUAAUAGGUAUCAUAUCCACAUUUCUUCAUGUCCACCCUUUUGGAGCCAAUAUAGAAUAUCUUUGGUCUUAUAUGCAGCAGUUGGACUCUAGGAUCUCUGCAAAUGAGAUAGAAAUGCUUUUGAUGAGACUGCCACGCAUGUUUAAACAAGAAUUCACUGGUGUAGGAGCAACACUGGAAAAGAGGUGGAAGUUUUGUGCCUUUGAAGGAAUUAAAACUAUCUGACUGUGACUAGUAAUGAAGCUAUGCAGAAGAAUUCCUAGAGCAUGGCAGGGUUAUAAAGUAUUAAAGUAAGAAAUUUGGGUUUGGGCACAUAGUAGUAUGUUUUCAAAGUUAUCCAAGCCUAAUUUUAGUUACAUUUGUGACGUUCUCUUGUGAGUGGAAAUGUAGUUGUGCACCAGUUCCUAAAAUAAAAUAAAAUUUAAAAAAAAAAAGUUUCAAAAUGUGACAGAUCUGUUUCCUAUGAAAACUGAAGAAAGAUACCACAGUCAUAAUGAUUUCAAGAUACUACAUGUCCUACAUCUAAGAAAAGCUCAUUGAGCAAACAGUUAAGGAGAAAGAUUGCCCAGUUACGGUCGCUAAGCUACAGCGAUGUAUAUGUAAUAUGUAGUAGAACUCAUUAAGUUUUGUUAUUGAAAGUUCUUUCUGUUUAGUGAGAAAAUUGAGUAAUUUUACAGUGAGGAAAAGCAUACCAAAAGAAAACUUGAAGAUGCGUCUGAAGUUAUUGUAUUUUGUAAAUUAAGUUAUAUGCUGUACCAGGGAUUUUUGCCUUAUUGAAAGAGGCCUGAAAAUGUGAUUGGAGUCCUCAAGAAUGCUUUAUCAAGAAUAUUAUUUUUCUAAUGUAACUAUUCUCCAUUACAAGUUCUUUUAACAUGGAUUGCAUAUCAAUUUUCAUAAACAUGUAAAUAAGGAGGAAACCAGUGUUACUGUAUUGUAUUUGGUAUGUAACAUUCAGGUUUAUGCAUCAAAAUAAAUAUUCAGUUGCAUUACUGUUACAAAUUUUAUAGCAGAUAUAUUAAUUUUUAUCAAUAAAUAUGACUUCUACCA